AUGAAUGGAGUCAGAUUUCUGACGAACUCAAGGCUCAAACUGCUCCGUUCAGAGCACAUCUGCAAGUGGAGUGAAACAGAUAAAAACAAGGAUCCUGUUCCUCGUGAUUACAAGGACUGGGACAAAUUUGAUAUUGAGAAAGAAUGUGCUAAAGUUGAUGGGGUGGUCACAAAUAACUCUGCCCCUACAAUCAUCAACCGUGGCCUACCAAAAGUCCUAAGAAAACUAGACACAAGUGCGCUGACUGAGCAGGAAAGGAUGGUUUUGGCAAACCGUGAGAAGGACAAGGGCAAUGAGGCUUUUAAAACCAGUGACUUUGAGGAGGCAGUGGCAUAUUACACAAGGAGUCUGUCGGUAUUACCAACGGUAGCCGCAUACAACAACAGAGCCCAGGCGGAGAUAAAACUGCAGAACUGGCACCGGGCCCUCAGCGACUGCCAGAAGGUCCUGGAGCUGGAGCCAGGCAAUGCCAAAGGUCUGUUGCGUCGUGCCACUGUGCAGAAGCACCUGGGAAACCUGCAGAUGGCCACUGAUGAUGUCAACGCUGUUCUUCACAUAGAGCCCCAUAAUGAGAUUGCAAAGAAACUUCUUAAUGAGUUGAAUAAGAAGAUGACUAAAAGAUCACCUGAGAAGCCAGCUAAGGGAAAGACAAUCCUGAUAGAAGAAAUCGAGGACGAAGAGGAAGAGGCCAGUGACGGUGCAGUUGAAAGCAGCAGUCAACAGAGAGUCGGUGGGGAGAGCUGCGCGGCAGCCGCUGCAGGAGAGGAGAGAGCCGACAUGGGCAACGCGCAGAAGAAGCCCCACGGCAGGGGCGACGGCGGGGGAGCCAGGGGCAAGGGGGGCAGCGCCGACAAAUACACGGUCACACCGCCCGGGCAGGCGAGGGACAAGGAGCGCCCGGCAGGGAGAGGGCUAGCCAACGGCAACAGCACGGCUCACCAGGGGGAGAGCACCAGCAGAGAGGGGGGGGAGCAGAGUAAGGUCAACCUGGACGCGCCGGCCGGGAACCUACCCCCGCAGCUGGCCCGCCUCAAGAAUGAAGGCAACCACCUCUUUAAGAACGGACAGUUUGGGGAUGCCAUUGGAAAGUACUCUCUGGCUAUCGACGGCUACACAGAAUCAGGCAUUGACAGUCCAGAGGACCUCUGCAUCCUGUACUCCAAUAGAGCUGCCUGCUACCUGAAGGAUGGGAACAGCGCAGACUGUAUUACAGACUGCACAAAAUCCUUGGAGCUGCAGCCGUUUUCACUGAAGCCUCUGCUGAGGAGAGCUAUGGCUUACGAUUCGCUGGAGCGCUACCGGAAAGCUUACGUCGACUACAAGACCGUCCUGCAGAUCGACAUCUCCACCCAGGCUGCCCACGACAGCGUCAACAGGAUCACCCGGGUGCUGAUUGAGCAAGACGGUCCCGGGUGGCGGGAGAACCUUCCGGAUAUCCCACUCGUGCCCCUGUCGGCCCAGCAGCAUCGCAGAGAAGAGCCGCCCAGCGCAGAGGAAGCCCAGGCCCGGGCCGAACGAGCCGUCCAAGACGCCGCCCGGAAAGCAGAAGCGCGCUUCACGGUCCUCAAGUCAGACGGAAACGAGUGUGUGAAGAAAGGCCGGUACGAGGACGCGGUGGGGAAGUACAACGAAUGCGUUAAACUGAGGUCCAACGAGUGCACCGUCUUCACCAACAGAGCUCUGUGUUAUGUGAAGCUGGAGCGUUUCGCUGAAGCUAAGCAGGACUGUGAUUUGGCCCUGGCCUUGGAGCCCGAGAACAAGAAGGCCUUCUACAGACGAGCACUGGCCAACAAGGGCCUCAAGGACUACCUGGCAUGCAGUACGGACCUGCAGGAGGUGCUGCGGCUGGACCCCAGCGUUCAGGAGGCGGAGCGGGAGCUGCAGGAGGUGACGGAGUUGCUCAGGCAGAGUCUGGCCGCAGCCUCACCAGGCAAACCCCGGCGGAGCGUCCCCAUCACAGAGGUGGAUGACACAGAAGAAAGCGCCUCAAAAGGAGAGCAGGACUCUACAACAGGACAGAACCACAUGGACCAGAGUAAGCCAAGCGCCAUCACCCAGCCGGCCAACGCCUAUGAGUUUGGACAGGCUUUAAGCGCAGCCCGUUCCCAUGACGAUACGGAAGCCUGUGCUAAGCUCCUCCACCUCGUCGCCCCGGAAACGCUCCCGUCUUACAUCAGCAACCAUCUUGACGGUCACACCAUCGCAUUUAUUAUGCAAGCGCUGGACGGUCACCUCCUGGAGAAGGCCCCCAGCCUGGUCUACCAACAUCUUAACCACCUCCACACUGCAGAGCGGUUCUCGGUGGUGCUGAUGCUUCUGGACAAAGACGAGCGUCGGCAGAUGACUCAGCUGUUUGAGCACCUGUCGGCGGUGGAGAGUGAGGACUUCUCUAAGAACGAUGUGCAGAAUCUCGCUAAUAAAUACAUCUGACCAUUCCCACACCCUCUUGCAUGUGCUUCACCACAGAGGGAUCUAUGCAAACAGACCAUCAAAUCCACCUACAGCCACACAACGCGCCCAAAGCAAUAAAAAAUAACUACAAGACGCAUCAAGAUACUAUAAACAACAUACCUUCAUAACCACAAGAAUUUGAACUUACAAGACACAGUGUCCUGUGUGGACACUGUCAGUGGAUAUUUGCACACCAAAUGAACUUCGCAGAAAGAAGCCAUGUCUGUGUUAAGCCAUGCUAAAGAAGCUGUGGUGGGGAGUGCUCGGUGAACAGGCAGGGGGAGAGAGAAUGGACACUUAUGGGACAGUGUUCUUUGUCUUCUCAUGUGUCGUACAGGAUGGGGGUAAGGCAGUGAGGUGGAGAGGGUCAGGAAAAGGAAGAACUCACGUGCAGGAGUGUAGCCUGGAGAGAACAGGAACCCAGUAAGGGAAAAAAAAAAAAAAAACACAUUCAGGAAGAAAAAAGAACUGUGACUCCAUUACCCAUAGUUCAAUUUCUUUUCAUGUUCGUCUUGAUUUCCAUGUGGUUGCCCCCUUGGCUAAGAACCUUCCAGAGCCCUACUCCAGACUACACAUCUGACUCUUCCUCAUAAGAAGCAGCUGGCUGGCUGGGGUCCAGUGCUGAUCUGGUCAGCUAUAAGGGUCUUCCUCACUUGUCAACUUUGCUCCAAAGGGGACCACUCAUGUCCUACGUCUGUCCAUAGCUAUAUGGUUGAUAAGGCACUCAACUCCACUCAGAGCAUUCUGUACUGUCCAUGGGAUCCUGUAGGAACCCUGCCAACACAUCCUAUGGCUAAGGCCUUGAAAUUUGGUUCAGGUUUGUAUGUUUAACGUGGUCACAAUCUUUAAUUUGCAUUAAUCUUAAAUCAAUCACUUAGCUGAAGCAUUUUUAGUGAGGGCCCAGAGGCUGUGAACUGAUUUAUCCGAACGCUUUCAUUUCUUUUGAAAAAAUAACCCCAAAAAAAACAGGCAAGGAGCAAUCUGAUCAUUAUAUUUCUUUUAGACACCGCAGGGUCAAUUCUGUGGAAGGACGAGUUCAGUGAGGAAAAGCAGUAGUGCAUAAUUUAAUCCAUACGCACAACAGGAGGAGAUGAGCAGCAUCCAUGAGAUGUGUGCCUUGAACCCUACAGGCUCAGCACGCAGGUUUCAGUACGCACCCCUCCCCCAACCCUCUCUGUGGAGAUGCAGACUUUACAUGUUUCAUGAGUCUGUUUAAAAUGAAAUGGCAGAAUGAAAUAUGUGUUUGGAUGGCCGUUUUAUUCCUGCUGAAUGCACUGGGACUGAGGCGAGAUCACAGAGGCUCACAGAGAGAAGCUGCAUGUUGGCAGGUUUCUCGCUGUAUUCAUACAUUCUUUUCUCCACUGGUUUUCAGUCAAACGAGUUCAUUAUAUUAUGACUGUAGCUUUACAACAAAUAUGUUUUAAAAUUGUAUUUUAAAAGUGCAGGUUUAAAUUGUAAUUUAAGGAUACACUGGAAUAAAAGAUUCUUUAUUGAGUCAUAUUUCUAUGUACGACAUGGACGUUUCAAUGCAUAAACCACUAAAGUUAUGCAGUUGUGGUUGCCACAGAAAUAAAAACAUUUUAUUUCUUGA